UAAAAAUAAUCGAAUCGUUUGAAGAACGAGUUGCUGUAGCUAGUGAAUCAAUUAAAUUGUGGAACUUACCAGACGCAUCAGUCAUGAGGCUCUUCAUUCUUGUUACCAUUUUUGUGGCUGUGGCUAGUGUUUCUUCCAAAGCUUCACCUUCUCAUGACAAACCUAUUGAAAAAUCAAAAAUUUAUUUACAUAAUGAUGAUACCACAUCUGCUUUAAAUGUUGGGUUGAAUAUGGAACAGUCUCAAAACUUACCAGCAAUGGAACGCAGAAGUAGAAUCCGUAAGAAGUCUUCAAGCUGCGGAGUAGCCAACCGCAACCGGAUAUCGCCCGGCGUGAAAAAUAACAGGAUUGUUGGCGGCGAAGAGGCGAUACCCAACGAAUUCCCUUGGCAAGCCUUGCUCCAAGUAGAGAUGCAAGGAGGCAAUGCUUACGCCUGCGGUGGUAGUUUGAUUUCCGAUCAAUGGAUUCUUACAGCUGCACAUUGUCUCGUCGUACCAGGACAAACGGUGAAUUACGUUGACAUUUACCUGGGCAAACACGAUCGUACGGUAUCAGAGGACAAUCAGAAAUUAUACUCGAGCAGCGAAAGUUUCAUCCACCCUGACUGGAAUCCAACUACGCAGGCUGGAGACAUUGCUCUGAUUAAACUGAAAUCCUCUGUCAAAUUCUCACAAUAUAUCAGUCCUAUUUGCCUGGCGAGUACAAGUGAACCCGAUUAUGUCAAUAGUUCCGUCACUGUUACCGGAUGGGGCAUUACUUAUGACGGCAGUCCUACCAUGAGCCCCGUACUUUACAAGAUGACAGUUCCAGUUAUUUCUAAUGACGAAUGCAGUGGCAUUUAUGGCAGCAACGUUAUUACAGAUGCAAUUAUCUGCACUAGUGGGGACAGCAGCAGUGGAACUUGCAUAGGUGACAGUGGCGGUCCUAUGAAUUUCCAACAGUCGGAUGGCACGUGGAAGCAGAUUGGAAUCAUCGCUUUUGGAUCGGGUCAAGGCUGCCAGAAAGGUCAUCCCAGCGGAUUUACGAGGAUUAGCUCUUACUCGUCUUGGAUUGAAGAUAUCAUGAAUACAUCCAAUUCUGCCGGUAUUCCUAUGCCUUCCGUUUUCUCGUUGUUUUUGUUUGCCGUGAAUUUUGCAAUCAGCUUUCAGAUAUCCUUUUGAUAGACAUACAAUUUAAUUGUUAAAAAUCAAUAUUAUCUAAUAGCUUUAGUGUUCUCAGUUGUCCUUAAUGCUUGUGCUCUUACGGUUUAUCAGUGAUACAGCAGACUCGGCAAAUUGACAUUUCAUCCUUUUUUUUCUAAAAAUUUUUUAUACAAUUAUGCAGGAUUCAGAUAAACAAGCUUAAAAAACAAGA